AUGGACAUCACCAUUCAGCACCCCUGGGUCCGAGACGCACUGGGCAAUCCCUCACGGCUCUUUGACUGGUUCUUUGGCAGCCUGUUUGACUACGAUGUUUUCCCUUACUGUGCCUCCACGAUCAGCCCUUACUACCGGCACUCCUACCUGCGAAACUUCCUGGAUUCUGGCUUGGGCAUAUCUGAGGUGAGGUCUGACAGGGACAGGUUCACCAUGUACCUCAAUGUGAAGCAUUUCUCCCCCGAGGAGCUCAGCAUAAAGGUGGUAGACGACUACGUGGAGAUCCAGGGCAAGCAUGGGGAGAGACAGGACAACCAUGGCUACAUCUCCCGUGAGUUCCAUCGCCGCUACUGCCUGCCCUCCAACGUGGACCAGUCAGCCAUCACCUGCACCCUGUCGGCCGAUGGCCUUCUCACCAUCUGCGGGCCCAGGACCAGCAGUCGCGAGAGCAGCCGUGGUGACCGCAGCAUUCCUGUUUCCCGCGAAGAGAAGAGCAGCUCAGCGCUCUCUUCCUAG